UUCGCUGUUGUUAUGGGUCGGUUGUCAUCCGCCUGCGGUCCGCUCAGGAAAUUAUAAACAAAACGGUAAAAAAAGUCGAAGUUAUCGGUUCAUACUUUACUUUCUCAUGAUCGUUAGUCAGAAUACUACCUGGAGUAACGGACAGAGGAGGAGUAACGUUUGGAAAUAACUGUUUUAGUAACGAUAAACUCGUUACAGUAACGUUAGCUCAGACGUUAAAUGUUUUUCCAUCGCAGGUUUUAAGUGGAGAUCUUCACGUCGCUUCUCGCAAACAUGUCCAAACGAGACGCGUUUUUAGAGUCCGCCUGUAAGGACAAAGUGGAGGACUUCCUGCGCUUCAUCCACCUUCAUAAGGACAAAACCGAGCCUUUCGAUGUGGAGGAGGUGGUGCAGGAGAUGCCCAGGGACCAGAGACAGACUCUGUGGGGGAAACUGGCUUCACUCCUUCAGGACGUCCUGCAGGAGUUACCUCCGGAGCGCUGGGAGGAGGGCAGGCAGGAGGGCAUGGAGGUGGAGUCGGCUGCAGACCCUAAACGUGUCAUGGCUGUCGUGGACGGCGUGACACUCGUGGCUGCCGUGUCCGUAAAGGUCCUACAGGACGGCGACACCUACAGCGCCCUUCUGAAAAUCACCCACAGGCUUCACGAUGUUCUGGUGUCUCUGCCUGUCUCUGAGGCUCCUCUGCAGCUCCACAUCCAGACGCUGUGCGAGGCGUGGUGGAAGAAAGGCCUCAAGGAGAAAGAGAAGUUUGGUCACUCUGCUUUCCUGAUUGCUCUGCAGAAGAGCUUCAUUAUGAAGAAACCGGGUGCUGAAAUCCAAAGAGUGUGGAGUCUCCACGACGUGCUUCUGAGUCUGGACUACGCUUCAGAAGACAACAAGCAGAUCAGAGACUUGUUGCUUCAGUGCUUUCACCGUCCGAUUUACAUUAGAAACGAUGACGGAAAGCGAUUCCUGGUGUUUCUUUUCAGCUGGAACGUCGAUUUCAUCUGGGUUAUUCACGGCACGAUCAAAAACCAGCUGGAGUUUUACAGCAAGACCAUGACCAAUCAUAUCAUGGAGAUCUACUUCAGAGCAUGGAAGAAGGCCAGCGGGGACUUCCUGGAGCAGAUCGAGAGCUCAUGCAUUCAGGACUUUAUGCAGAACGCGAUCUUCCUCCAUAGAGCGUCUCCUGUCCACACCAAAGUUCGACAGAUCGUGAGCUAUUUCCACUCGAGGAAUGGCUGUCACAAGGUGGACAAGAUGCUCUAUGAUCUCUACAAGCCCAUCCUCUGGAAAGCUUUAAGUGCUCCAAACUUUGAGGUGCGCGCGAACGCCACUUUGCUUUUGCUCGAGGCCUUCCCGAUCCACGACCCGGAUCAGAACAACAAGCACAUAGAUGAGAUCAUUCAAAAGCAGCUGGACAUAGCGAUGGGCCUCCUCGACGAUCCUCAUCCUGUGGUGCGCUCCACCGCCACCCUGGGAGUCUGUAAGAUCCUGGCAAAGUGCUGGGAGCUCCUCCCUCCCACAAUCAUCACAGACUUCCUGAAGAAGCUGGUGAUGGAGCUGGCAGGAGACACCAGCUCCCCUGAUGUCCGGUGUUCAGUCUUCAAGUGUCUGACUAUCGUCUUGGACAACGCUCUCAGCCAUCCACUGUUGGAAAAACUCCUGCCGACUCUCAAAUACAGCCUUCACGACAACUCGGAGAAAGUCCGCACGGCCUUCCUUGACAUGCUCAUCAAGGUGAAGGCAGUGCGUGCUGCCAAGUUUUGGGACGUGUGCAACAUGGACCACCUGCUGGCCCGCCUGGCUGUCGAUUCCCCUUCGGUUUCCCGGCGCAUCGUCGAUCUGCUCUUCAAGUCCUUCUUCCCAGUCAACGAGUCGGAGAGGGAGUGGUGCUGUCGGUGCGUCACCCUCAUCCAGAUGAACCCCAUGGCUGCCAGGAAGUUCUACCUGUACGCCCACAAACACACGGCCCCCACUAACAUAAUAAAGCUGAUGUUGAGUAUUCGCCGUGUUCUGAACAGUUCCAUCCAGGCUGACUGCGACCUGUCCGACAUCAAUGAAAGCAACAAGGAGAACAGCGCACAGGCUGAUCCUCUGCUGGGGAAAGACACGGCCAUCACGUCCCAUCUGCUGGAGGUCGUGGUCAUCCUGUGGAGAAGCGUCGAGAAGGCUCUCAAGCAAAAUGAAGAGGCCUGGAAGUACACGAUCGCCAAGUUUGGAAGCGUCAUGGCCAAAUAUUUCCAGGCCUUUGAGCACAAGCAGUGCACCGUUCCUCUUAUAGAACUGGCCUCCUUCAUGCCUCCAGCUGCAGUCCAAACGUUCAGCUGUGGUGUCUUGUCCAGACUGAGGAGGAUGGACCCAGGAGCGGAGCCGGUACAGUACAGCCAGCUGUUGGACUGCAUGUGCAGCUGGGGUCAGGCCGCCGCCGUCCUCGAACUCGCCACCGACUGGCUCACCGAGGCCUUGCCCAAGCAAGGGGACAAGACGAACACCAAUCGAAAGGUGCGAAUCCAGGAGACGGUGGAGGCCAAACCAGACCUGGCUCUGGUGUAUCUGGAGUACCUGUUCAGCCACGCUUCAGCCCGAGAGAAAGUCCUGGCUCUUGGCGAGAGGCCACUGAAGCAGCUCCAUGCAGCUCUAGGAAACUGGAGGUCAGUGCUGUACGCUCACCUCACCUCAGAAGAAAGUCAAAGUCCCGGUGUGGAGACGGCGCUCAAAGUCUUCGUGUACCACGGCCGCCUCGGUGCACAUCUGCAGCAUAAUUCCUCGGAGGGUCGAGACUACCUGCAGUCUCUGGAGCAUGUGGCAGCGUGGAUAGCUGAGCGGGUGCUGCCCUUCCUGACUAAACGCCCCGGUGAUGGUGAUGGUGAUGGUGAUGGUGAUGGUGAUGGUGAUGAGGGUUCGGAGAAGUCGCGGCCACUGGCUGCACAGAUAACCGAGAGUUUCCUGACCGUGUGCCGGGACGUUUUUCUCGUGGGUUUGGGCGACGAGACGCUCAAGGGUCAAAUCCUCCACUUGUGCUCGCUCACCCUCCUCUCAGAGGCGGGCUACCUGUGCAUCCCCGCAGUGCUGCCCAUUUUGAAGGAGGUGGCGGACAGCUACGUACCCGGCGACAUCAAAAACAACGAGGCUCAGGAAAAUCUGGAAGACCCCACCACUGUGAUUCUGGGCGUGGUGGCCAACAUCUUCCAGAAGAUUAUCGAGCUGUUGGCUCGGCGUCUCAGGAAGGAACCAGAGGAGGGAAAAGAGCUGUGUCAGUCAGCCGUUCAAGGCCUGACAGACUUCCUCCAGGUGGCUCAGACGUGGGACACGGCGCCUCUCUGCGGGGUCUUCUCGACUCUCUUCGCCGUUAUCGUCGUGGAGAAGAGACAUUUGCUUCAGAAGAUUACCCAUCCCGAGGAAGUGAUCAGCCCGGAGUCACUGGAGGACAUGCCUCCUCUGUCCAGCGUCCUGCUGUCUGUCAUCCUCAAAUCACCGUCUGUUACCAGGGCGUUUCUGACAGAGGUCAGCUCGUCUUUGCACUCCGAGGCCAUCAGCAGUCUGAAUGAACUGGCUGCCGUGCUGCACGUGUUGGCGGUCAUCAAACACGCGGGGCAGUCUAAAGCCGGUUUGAAGUGUGCAGCCACAUCAGUCCAGCAGCAGCUUCACAAACAUGCAGUCACGUCUGUAAACGGCACAGACAUCCAGAGGGUUAUUUAUGAAUCUUCUGCGAAGACUUUGAAUGAAAUUCUGGAUUUAUAAGCGACCUCUGUUAUCAGCUUCAAUCAUGAGAGGAGUUUCAGCUUUGCUGUUCACAUUACAGACUUAAUUUGGCAGACUGAAAUAAAUAUUUAAUCUUCACUGACCGGGCUUUGGAACAUAUGGAUUGGAUUGAAAUCUAAAGCAUGUUUUUUUUUCCCCCAGUUUGGCUCGACUUCCCUCUGUUUAUUUAUUUCUUGACGGCACACAUUGCUCAAGCUUUAUCUCUCCAGCUUUGUGCGAUGAUAACGUUGAGAAAUAUCGAUCGAGCGAGCGCUCCAGACUGCAGAAGUAUGGCUUCUUCGAUUGAAUGGCAUUCUUCUUGAAAGCUUUUCCCUCCACAGCUCGGUGCUCUCUCUCAUAUUUUUUAACAGUUUUAUAUAAAAUACAUAUAUUUUUUUCAUGUUUCACCGUCUGUGUUUAUAUAUCUGUUGGUCUGUCAGUGUGGAGGCUGCAGUGUGCUACUAAUAAGAAUAAAACAAACGUAUCAAUCAA